CCGUUGAAGAGGCAAACAAGCGGCAGGCCGAGACAAACACCAGUUGCUGGCCAGUGCUUGUUGUGCUGGUAUUUAUACUACCUGUGGCCCGUCUGACGCCUUCUCUGGGCGUUAGUGAGUAGCGCCAUGAGUGGGCCACACGCAGAGAAGGAUCUGGACGUGACCAACAGUAGCCGAGGCUUGUGGCUGGUGAAGAUUCCAAAAUACAUGAGGGACAAGUGGGUGGAGUGUCCAGGUGAUGUUGGCAGACUCCGGAUCCACAAGAUACCUGGAAAGUUGCCAGCAGUAACCUUCUCCUCAGCAGAGCAGAUCCUAAAGGACAACAAGGUGGCCCGGGAACACAAGUUUAAGCUUCACAGCAUUAAGGAAAUGACUCUUGGUGUUUUCUCCUGCACAGUUCCAAGUGGUAAUUCUGAUCCUGUUGUGCCUGAGCAAGAGAAGCUUUACAUGGAAGGACAGGUCAUUCAAAAGUUUGAGUGCCAGCCAGUUGUGGACAGCUAUUACUACAACCAGAAGAAGGCAGCGGCCUUAAUAGCCUCCCAGCCUCAUCGAAAGGCAGAAUUUAUUUCCAGACCAGUCCAGUCAUACAAACCAAAAACCAGACACAAAGUUCAUAUUGAGAUGGAUGAGAGGAGAAAGGCUGAGGGCAAAAAGGCUCGUGAUGACAAGGAUAAGGUGAUGGAAAUGCUCUUUGCUGCCUUUGAGAAGCAUCAAUACUACAACAUUAAGGACUUGCAGAAGCUGACUAGACAACCAAUCACAUACCUGAAGGAGAUCCUGAAGGAGGUUUGCGACUACAAUGUCAAAAAUCCUCACCGGAACAUGUGGGAGCUGAAGCCUGAGUAUCGCCACUACAAGGUUGAAGAAAGUAUUGCUGACGACCCGGGGAGUGAUUAGCACUGCACACUCACUCUAGGGAGAUCAAAUUUAUAAGUUGUGUUUUUUUUUUUUUUUUUUUAUUUACUAACCAUAGAGACAACUAUAUACAUUGGGAGGGUUUUGGGGUAGGAAUCUAAUCAUAACUGCAAACGAGUUAUUAGGACAUCAUUAAUUCAUAUUUAUGUACGGUUGACCAUAUACAGUAAACAUCAUUAAAAUACUGUAUUUAUCACAAGCUUUACAGCCAGAUAUGAUACUUUGGAAUUCAUUAUUUUUCAGUGAUCAGUUUGAUUGCCAGUUUCUUUUUAUGAAUUAAUAGUUAUAAAAUAAUUUAAAUAUUUCUUGUUCCUGACUGUCUUUGUAUGACUUGUGAAAUUUGUGUCUGUUCACUAAACACAAAGUUUGAAAUUAGUAAGUAUACAUAUAAAUAUUUCAA